AUGAAACUUCAACUUCUUCUCCUUCUUUCUGCUGUUGUCUAUGGAGCUGCUCAGACGACUCCUUCACCAUUGACCGUGGCUUUGAAUUGUGUCCAAGACAAAUCAAAUGACGUCAUCCAGAAUUACAAUGCCGCCGUUCAAGCAGCUGUCAACGGCGAAAUUUUCUGCUUAACCGAAGCGACUGCCAAUGGACAAGCCGCUUUAUCUGAUAUAUACUCCGAAUUUUUCGUUCUUCUCGCCGAGGUUACCAGUGUCCCCGGACAGUGCUCGGAUUUCAUCCAGACCGCGUUUAAUCAAAUCAUCGAAGGCGUUGCAAACUGCCUCUCACAAAGACUUCAAAGUUCCUACACUGCGGUGAAUCAAGCGGUUAUAGUCAAUCUCAACGCAAUUCUGCAACAAUCCGAGGGCUGUGGACUUAUUUGUAGAACAACUCAAAUAACGGCGGCAGUUAUAGCGAUCCCUCUUCAGGUGGUUAGUGUAGCUGCCGAAUUGACUAUUGGUGCGACUAAUUGCGUUGCAAUCAUUGGGAAAUAA